CAGCGUGGAAAUCAAAGAUGGCGGACGUACCUCAGUUAGUGAAGGACGCACUUCUCGCAUCCAGUGAACCUAUGCCGCCAGGCUCGGAAGAAGUGAGAGGUUAUGACUUCAGUAAUGGAGUGGAUUAUCACGCUUUACUCGAGUCGUACAGAACUACCGGAUUUCAGGCCAGCAACUUUGGAAAAGCAGUGGUAGAAAUUAACAACAUGAUAAAAAGGAAGUUGGAACCUCUUCCAGCACCUGAAGAUGGCACAUCAAACUGCGAUUAUCUUGAUCCUGGUCAGCGCCCAAUUGAUAAUUGCACAAUCUUCCUUGGAUUUACAUCUAACAUGAUUUCAAGUGGUGUACGGGAAACAAUUAAAUACUUAGUCAAAAACAAUAUGGUUGACUGUAUUGCUACAACAGCUGGUGGUAUAGAAGAAGAUCUUAUAAAAUGUAUGGCUCCAUCAUACCUUGGUGACUUCUCACUGCGAGGUGUUGAGCUGAGGAAAAAAGGCAUAAACAGAAUUGGGAAUUUGCUUGUACCAAACAAUAAUUACUGUAGAUUAGAGGAGUGGAUUUUACCACUGUGGGAUAAGAUGCUUGAAGAACAAAAUACACAGGGUGUAAAAUGGACUCCAUCAAAGGUUAUUUCAAGAUUAGGUAAAGAAAUAAAUCACCCAGAUUCAGUCUGUUAUUGGGCUUACAAGAAUAAUAUUCCAAUUUUCAACCCAGCACUGACAGAUGGAGCACUUGGAGAUACACUGUAUUUUCACUCCUACAAGAAUCCUGGUUUAGUUAUUGAUAUUGUAGAAGAUAUUAGGAAAAUGAACAAUAUAUCAGUAUAUGCCAAAAAUACAGGGAUGAUAAUUUUAGGAGGCGGUCUAAUGAAGCAUCACAUAUGCAACGCAAAUCUAAUGCGUAAUGGCGCCGACUUCUCUGUGUUCGUCAACACAGGCCAGGAGUUUGACGGAAGUGACUCAGGUGCCAGACCUGAUGAAGCUGUGUCCUGGGGAAAAAUUAAGAUGACAGCUUCGCCUGUAAAGGUUUAUGCAGACGCUUCCUUGGUUUUUCCGCUCUUAGUGGCGGAGACCUUUGCCCGGAGUUUUAAAAUGGACAAUUAGGAUUGAAAGGGAGUAAGCGAUAAGGUGAAGGAAAAAACUUCGCCAAUGGAGACAAAUUUUGAAGCUUCCAGGAUGCUUUGAGUGAGAUUAAAAGACGGCGGACGUGGUUCAAAUACAGAAGAUUCUCGACAUUUUGUCACCGCAGUAAUUGAAUUUAUUCAAUGGAAAGUUCUGGCCUUUAAUUGUAGUUUGCAUAAACAAUGGUUCAAAUAUUCGUAGGUCGUGGGAAGUAAAUAUAAUGCCAUGUCGUGAAGAUUGCUUGGACUUUAAUUCUUGCACACUUCGAAACUAUUGGCGCAGUUAACGAUUAAGAACCCAAAGGAGUAUUAAAAGAUGAAAAAUUGGAAUUCACUCUUCAAUGCGUCAUUUUAGUUUGCGAGGAAACUUUAUAACGAGUUGCGAAACAGGUUUUCUCGGGGAAUUUGUGUCACCGCACAAGAUGCUGUGAACUCUUUAUUUAAACAAUCUUGACGUAAAGAAGAGCGAAAGUCACGACACCUCUAAACCUCAAUGGCGAAACUUUACUUUGUUUUCCUCGCCACCUUAAUUGCUGUGCAUCUAAACAUCUAAUUUUUUGAACAUUUUUUCUCAGUUUUUCAAAUAACUAUUCCACUUGUCUCAUCUGCUGAAGUUGUUAUGAAGGAGUAAACAUGUCAUCAA